AUGACCAUGAACACAGCUCUGAUUCUAGGAGUCUUUGCCCUGACCACCAUGAUAAGGCCCUAUGGAGAUGAAGACAUUGUGGCUGCUGGGCAUGGAGCAUACCACCCAUCCCAGGAGAGGGAGUUGGAUGACCAUCACCUGCUAGACAAGCUCACCUACCUGGAGGCCUUCUGGGGCUGCAUGUGCUUCACACUGCUGGAGCUGGUGGGCUUGCCUCAAGCUGUUAUAAGUCACCUCACUCCAACCAAUGGCUGCCCACGGACUGCCUGGGCCCUGCAAUGGGUGUCCUCUACGAAAAUUCCUGCAAUGUCUGACUUUCCCAAAUCUUCUGUGGUCUUGGGUGUUUCCAACACUCUCAUCUGUCUAGUGGACAACAUCUUUCCUCCUGUCAUCAAUAUCAUUCGGGUUUACAACAGAUGCUUAGUUCCAGAAGGUAUUUCUGAGACAACCUUCUACCCCAAGAGUGACCACUCCUUCCUCAAGCUCAGUUACCUCAUUUUUCUCCCCUGCACUGAUUAUUUUUAUGACUGCAAGGUGGAGCACUGGGGCCUAGAAGAGUCACUCCUCAAGCACUGGGAACCUGAGAUUCCCACCCCAAUGUCAGAGCUGAUAGAAACCAUUGGUGUAAACCAAAUCUGCACCCUUGGGUUGGCUGCAGGCCUCAUGGGCAUUGUGAUGGGCACCAUCUGCAUUACCUGA